AAAAACAUUUUCUAGAGGCUUCGUUUACAUAUAUCUAGGUUUACCUCCUCUGCUUCUUCCCACACAUCUCAUCGAAUUCGACUAGCUCCCCACUCAAUCACUCCUCGUUAGUUCAAUCUCGAAUCCCUAAUCCACUCACCAUGGCGAAGUUCGGCGAAGGCGACAAGCGAUGGAUCGUCGAAGACCGCCCCGACGGCACCAACGUCCACAACUGGCACUGGGCCGAGACCAACUGCCUCGAGUGGUCCCGCAGCUUCUUCACCAACCAAUUCUCCAACGCCGUCAUCCUCUCCGGCGAAGGCAACCUCUUCAUCAAGAUCAACAAAGUGGAGAAGCUCGAAGGCGAGGCGUACGUGAACGUGCGCAAGGGGAAGAUCAUCCCCGGCUACGAGCUCAGCGUCUCUCUCUCCUGGGAAGGCGAGGCGAAGGAUUCGGAAGGGAAGACGAUCUUGAAGGCGGAGGGGGUUGUGGAUAUGCCGUAUAUCUCCGAUGAGAAUGCGGAUGAGGAUCCGGAGGUUAGGGUUUCGGUUAAGGACGAGGGGGCGGUUGGGAAGGCGUUGAAGGAGGCGAUGGUGAAGAAGGGGAAAGGGGUUGUUUUGGAGAAGGUUAGGGUUUUUGUGGAGGCUAUGGCGAAAGGAGGGCCGUGUAGGGAUGAGUUGGAGAAUAAGAAGGUGGCUCCUAAGUCGGUGGCGGCGGCGGCGGCUGUGGAGAAGACUAGUGUUUUGCCUGCUGUGGUGGUGAAGGAGAAGGAGAAGAAGAAGGUGAAGACGAAGGAGGGGUUCAAGACGAUUACUAUGACUGAGAAGUUUAGUUGUAGAGCUAAGGACUUGUAUGAGAUCUUGAUGGAUGAGAAUAGGUGGAAGGGAUUCACACAGAGCAAUGCUAAGAUUAGUAAGGAUGUGAAUGGGCCAAUUAGUGUUUUUGAUGGGUCGGUUACUGGGAUGAAUGUGGAGCUGGAGGAAGGGAAGUUGAUUGUGCAGAAGUGGAGGUUUGGGAGCUGGUCUGAUGGUCUUGAUUCUACGGUGAAGAUAACUUUUGAGGAACCUGAACCAGGAGUCACCAUUGUCAAUCUUACUCACACCGACGUCCCUGAAGAAGACAGGUAUGGGAAUGCGACUGUGGUGGAAAACACGGAGAGAGGAUGGAGAGACCUGAUCUUCCAUAGGAUCCGUGCUGUUUUCGGAUUUGGAAUGUGAUUUGUGAUUUUGAUUUUCAAGUAGUCAAAAUCUGCAUUGCUUCAUCCAUAAGUUCGAUUAUGAUUUCAAUUCACAACAAGGGGACAUAAGACGAUGAAGAAAUUUGUUUUCUUACUUGUAGUUUAUGCAUUUUCCAUGAACUCUUUGGUCUUUUGUUAACACUAUUUGGAUUAAUGGCACACAACAAACUAUUCACAUGAGAAUAAGUUGUUUUAAGUGUUUUAUUCUAAAA